AUGAAGAAUCGUGUAAUUUUGGUUCUCGCCCUACUAGCAUGCACUGAAGCUGCUUCUGAAGUUAUCCGUGCCAGAGCUUACAUCUUCAAAGCAGUAGAAGGUCAAAUCCCUACCGAAUUGAUUGGGACCAUCGAUUUCGAUCAAUCUGGAAGUUUUCUGAAAUUGAAUGGAUCUGUAUCCGGACUGGCAGCUGGAAAACAUGGAUUCCAUAUUCAUGAGAAAGGAGAUACUGGAAAUGGAUGUUUGAGUGCUGGUAGCCAUUACAAUCCACACAAAUUGAGUCACGGAGCACCUGAUGAUUCAAACAGACACAUUGGGGAUCUGGGAAAUAUUGAGUCACCGGUAAGUAAGUACCUCAUCCUUAUGAUUCAGGCUUCUGGAGACACUGCCAUCUCGGUGUCUGAUUCUCUUGCAUCUCUCAGUGGACAAUAUUCGAUCAUUGGUAGAAGUGUUGUGAUUCAUGAGAAGACUGAUGACCUGGGCCGUGGAAAUUCAGACCAAUCAAAGACAACUGGAAAUGCUGGUGCUCGUCUAGCCUGCGGAACAAUCGGUACGUUCCCGUUCCCCACUUAA